AUGGGAGCUCGACUGGGCCAGUCUGUGGCAGACAUUGUUAAAACCUUGAUCAUAACCAGUAAUUCAUGGAGACUACAUGAAAUGAUUGACAGAUUCUUUGUGAACAUAUCAAAUGUCAACAGGGAGUCCCUGGCUGAAAUACAGACUAUUCAGAAAUGUUUCUUUGUCUAAAUUGAAAAAAUUGCAGUGAACCUGUGGAACUGGGCUAAGAGAACAGAAUUGCCUGUGAAUGAAAGCCAGUCAGCUAAACUGUGUCAUGUUGCUUGCAAGCUGGCAUGUUUUCGUGGAAUUUCAGUUUCUUCAAAAGAAGCUAUUCAAAGACAGAUUUUGAUGAAUAUGAAAACAGGAAAAAAAUGGUUGGACACUGGAAAUGCUCUGAGUGCUGAUGAAUUUUUUUCUAGCUGCCUUCGGAAUCUGGAAAAAUUAUAUUUCAAAUUAAUACAGAGGUACUACACUGAGGCUAAGUUGGCCAUGUAUAAGAUCACUGUGGAGAAGGGCAUCUGCCGUGUGCUUUCUUACCAAGCUGAGUCAGCUAAAGAGGCUGUAGCAGUUGAGCAAUGGGAUCCUACAAAUAUUUUCACUCAGUUUUAUAUAUUCAAGAUUGCAGUCAUGGAAGGAAACUCGAGAGCAUACCAAACUGCUUUUAUCAAGGUCAAUAACGACCUGGUCCUGUAUAUUGCAAUGAAUGGACAACAGUUUGUGUCAAGAAAAGCCUUGGAAUAUUUAUCUCAACUUUCAGAAGCCCCAAAGGAAGUUCUUGGAGCUUUAAAGUGUCUUGUUCAAAUUAUUCUUCCACAAGUUUCUCAUAUGCCAGAAUCUGAAAAUAAAAAGAAAGAGAUGGAUAGACUUUUGACUUACUUGAAUACAGCACUCCUGAAAUUUUCUCAGCAUUUUGAUGAAGAACUGUCAACUUUGGACUCUUGGAUUAAUGAUGCCAACUGGUUUAGGAAAAUAGCUUGAAACUUUGCUCUGCAAUCAGAGACAGUGAAAAGCUUUUCCAUGGUUUCUUAUAAGGUAAAUCUCUAUUGUCCUUCUGAUCAAGGACUACUGAUUGCACAGAAAAUGUGUUUACUGGCAGCAGCUGCGCUUGAUCUAGAGCAAGGGAAAAAAAAAAAAGAGCUACAACUUACGAACAGGUAA